AUGAGUAAGAGAGAAAUAAGGGUGUGUCAGCAAACUUGGGCCUUAUUUUGCAAGAAUGUUCUUAAAAAAUGGAGGAUGAAGAGAGACUUUAUAAUGGAAUGGUUUAGCUCAUUGGCACUUCUACUUUGUUUGUACCUAUUUCCCACUAUGCAUCAUGUUAAUGAUUUCUCUUCGGUGCCUGCUGUGAAACUGGGACGUGUGGAUUCAUUUAAAGAUUCUAACUAUAUUAUUGCAUACACACCUGUCACGAGUACAACCCAACAGAUAAUGAAUAAAGUAGCCUCAGCCCCCUUCAUGACAGGUAGAACAAUCAUGGAACUGCCAGGUAAUAAAAGUAUUGAAGAAUUAUCAGCAAUGUAUCCCCAGGAAAUGGUAAAAGUCAUGUUUACUGAUACAUUCUCAUAUCAAUUGAAGUUCUCGUUGGGAUACAGAAUCCCGAUAAAGAAGGAACACGGUGACCAUGAAGCUCAUUGUUAUGGAAUGAAUGGAGAUAUUGAAUGUGAAAUUUCAGAAUUCUGGGAGAAAGGUUUUGUGGCUUUUCAAGCUGCCAUUAAUGCUGCUAUUAUAGAAAUCACAACAAAUCAUUCAGUGAUGGAAGAAUUGAUGUCAGCUACUGGAAAAAUUAUGAAGAUCUAUCCUUUCAUCAGUCAAAGAGGACUUAUGACCGAUUUCUACAGUUUCUUCUGCAUCAUUUCCUUUUCCCCAUUUAUUUACUAUGCUGCUGUCAAUGUUACAAGAGAGAGGAAAAAGAUGAAGGGCUUGAUGACAAUGAUGGGUCUUCGAGAUUCAGCGUUCUGGCUAUCCUGGGGUUUGCUCUAUGCUGGUUUUAUCUGCAUAAUGGCCCUUCUCUUGGCAUUUAUGGUUAAGUUUUCCCAGUUUGUCAUCCUGUCUGGCUUUGUGGUGGUGUUCACCCUCUUCCUCUUCUAUGGAUUGUCUUUGAUAGCUUUGGCUUUCCUAAUGAGCGUCUUGAUAAAGAAAUCUUUCCUCACUGGCCUGGUCAUGUUCCUUCUCACAGUCCUUUGGGGGAGUCUGGGAUUCACAGCUCUGUACAGACAUCUCCCUGCAUCUGUGGAGUGGAGUUUAAGUAUUUUCAGCCCCUUUGCCUUCAUGCUUGGAGUGACCCAGCUUCUACGUUUGGACUAUGAUUUGAAUUCUAAUGCACUGCCUGAUUCAGCAGGCAGCUCAAGUCUAAUUAUAGCAGCACAUUUCAUGUUGCUGUUUGAUAUCUUCCUCUACCUGGCACUGAUGAUUUACUUUGAAAAAGUUUUGCCAAAUGAGUAUGGACAUCAACAGUCACCCUUGUUUUUCCUGAAGUCCUCAUUUUGGUUGCAACGCCAAGAGGCUGCUCAUGUGGCCCUUGAAGAUGAACUCGACUCUGGUCCUUCAUCUAAUGACUCUUUUGAACCAGUAUGUACAGAAUUCCACGGAAAGGAAGCCAUCAGGUUUGCUCAGAUCCCACUGUUAUAUAAGAUACAACAACCAAACCAGCUGCCACUGAUGGAGAUCCCACGUUCAGUCACCUGCUAUAAUAACAAACUUUCAGAAAUUACUGACUUUGAAAAUAUCAGCAAGCUCACUGGAGUUUGUCCACAAUCUGAUGUUCAAUUUGACUUCCUCACUGUGAAAGAAAAUCUCAGGCUGUUUGCUAAAAUAAAAGGGAUUUUUCCACACGAAGUGGAUAAAGAGGUAGAAAGAGUUUUGCUGGAAUUGGAAAUGAAAAAUAUCCAGGAUGCCCCUGUUCAAAACUUAAGUGGUGGACAGAAAAGAAAACUUACCUUUGGGAUUGCCAUUUUAGGGGAUCCUCAGAUUUUCCUAUUGGAUGAGCCAACUGCUGGACUGGAUCCCUUUUCAAGACACCGAGUGUGGAACCUUCUGAAGGAGCGGAAGUCGGACCGCGUGAUCAUCUUCAGUACCCAGUUCAUGGAUGAGGCUGACAUCCUGGCUGAUAGGAAAGUGUUUCUCUCCAAAGGCAAGCUGAAGUGUGCAGGCUCUUCUCUGUUUCUGAAGAAGAAAUGGGGGAUUGGGUAUCACUUAAGUUUGCAGUUGAAUGAAAUAUGCGUUCGGGAAAAAAUUACAGCACUUGUGAAACAGCACAUUCCUGAUGCCAAAUUAUCAGCAGAAAGUGAAGGAAAACUUGUCUAUACGUUGCCCUUAGAAAAAACAAAUAAAUUCCCAGAUGUUGGCAUUUUGGAAGAAGGAGCUGGGGACACAGAGGGGCUUGUGGAGACGGACCAAGUCCUCUCUUCACUUAAUGAGAUGAAAGCCACAAUAGGUGGCGUGGCUCUCUGGGGAAAGCAAGUCUGUGCAAUUGCAAAGGUUCGCUUAUUAAAGUUAAAGCUAUUGAUUCUAGGUGUUGGAUUUUCCCCUCUUCUUUUGGAGUAUAUCUUCACAAAUAUAAAUCAAAACAGUUACACUUGGGAACUUUCUCCUCAUAUGUACUUCCUGGCCCCUGGACAACAACCACAUGAUCCCCUCACUCGCUUAUUGAUCAUCAACAGAACAGGGGAAAGCAUUGAUGACUUUGUGCAUUCUGUGGAACACCAGAACAUAGCUUUGGAGGUGGAUGCAUUGGGAACUAGAGAUGGCACCGAUGACCCAUCUUAUAAUGGAGCCCUCAUAGUGUCUGUUAAUAAAAAGAACUACCACUUUUCAUUAGCAUGUAAUGCCAAAAGAUUGAAUUGCUUCCCAGUUCUUAUGGAUGUUGUUAGCAAUGGGCUACUUGGCAUGUUUAAACCAUCAGCACAUAUCCAAACUGAAAGAAGCACCUUUUUUGUGGAGGAAGAGCACAGUCCCUUUGAAUACCUGAGCUUUACUGUGUUCUGGCUGGUUCUGGCAGCCAGUUGUCCUCCGUACAUUGCCAUGAGCAGCAUUGAUGAUUAUAAGAACAAAGCCCGGUCUCAGCUGCGGAUAUCGGGGCUCUUCCCGUCUGCUUACUGGUUUGGGCAGGCGUUGGUGGAUGUCCCAUUGUACUGCCUACUCUUCCUUUUCAUGUAUUCAGUGGACUACAUUUUAAACUCCCAAGUGGCAAUACAUAAAAUUUUACGUCAGACUAUACAAAUGCCGUGUGCUAUUGGUUAUGCCAUGUCACUUAUCUUUCUGACAUAUAUAAUUGCAUUCAUUUCUCGAAAUGGGAGGAAAAACAGUGGGAUUUGGUCCUUUUCCUUCCAUAUUAUCAUCAUGUUCUCUGUGAUUGUAUUUCUGUUAGGAAGUAAUGGAAGUAAUGAGAUAUUAUUGUGCAUCACCUUUUUCAUCCCACCUGCCACACUGAUUGGCUGUAUGUUCUUAGCUUUACAAAUUUUCACAUCUUCUGCACUUAAUGGAAAUUCAAGUGGCGUAGAGGCAUUCCUGGUAUUCCUAAUUCCUGUCCUUCAUUUUAUUAUCUUCCUUUUUAUUCUGCGAUGUCUGGAAUGGAAGUUUGGAAAGAAAACAAUGAGAAAGGAUCCCGUCUUUAGAAUUUCUCCAAGGAGCGAUGAUGUAUGUCAAAAUCCAGAAGACCCAGAAGGGGAGGAUGAAGAUGUUCAGAUGGAAAGAGCAAGAACAGCAAAUGCUUUGAGUUCCACAAACUUCGAUGAGAAGCCAGUCAUCAUUGCCAGCUGUCUACGCAAGGAGUAUGCAGGGAAGAGGGAACGCUGCUUUUCCAAGAGGAAGAAGAAAAUAGCCACAAGAAAUGUCUCUUUCUGUGUUAGAAAAGGUGAGGUUUUGGGAUUAUUAGGACACAAUGGAGCUGGAAAAAGUACAUCCAUUAAGGUUAUAACUGGAGACACACAACCAACUGCAGGACAGGUGCUACUACAAGGCAGCAGCGGAGGGGACUCCGUGGGGUUCCUGGGGUACUGUCCUCAGGAGAACACGCUGUGGCCUAACCUGACUGUGAGAGAGCACUUAGAUGUGUACGCGGCCGUGAAAGGACUGAAGAGAGGAGACGCCGCGGCUGCCAUUAGACGGUUAGUGGAGGCGUUCAAGCUGCAGGACCAGCUGAAGGUGCCCGUGAAGACCUUAUCAGAGGGUGUCAAGAGGAAGGUGUGUUUCGCGCUGAGCAUCCUGGGAACCCCGGCGGUGGUGCUUCUGGACGAGCCGUCCACAGGCAUGGACCCUGAGGGGCAGCAGCAGAUAUGGCAGGCGAUCCGGGCCACCAUCAGAAACACAGAGCGGGGCGCUCUCCUGACCACCCACUACAUGGCCGAGGCCGAGGCUGUGUGUGACCGCGUGGCCAUCAUGGUGUCCGGGAGGCUCAGAUGCAUCCGUUCCAUCCAACACCUGAAGAGCAAGUUUGGCAAAGAUUACCUGCUGGAGAUGAAGGUGAGGACCCUGGCUCAGGUGGAGCCCCUCCACGCGGAGAUCCUGAGGCUUUUCCCCCAGGCUGCUCGGCAGGAGAGGUACUCCUCCCUGAUGGUCUAUAAAUUGCCGGUGGACGAUGUGCGACCUUUAUCCCAGGCUUUCUUUAAAUUGGAGAAGGUUAAGCAGACCUUCGACCUGGAGGAGUACAGCCUGUCUCAGUGCACCCUGGAGCAGGUUUUCCUGGAGCUCUCCAAGGAGCAGGAGCUGGAUGGUUUUCAGGAAGAACUUGGUUCCUCCAUGAAGUGGAAGCUCCUCCCCCAGGAAGAGCCUUAA